CUAUAAAUAUUAAACACAGCUAGCUCGCAAACCGAGUAGGCAUAUUGGUUAUCUGAGAAAGUUUUGUUUCAGGUUUGGAAAAUGAGACAGCUAUUUGGCCGUUUAGCUUUCUCUUUUUUUGUGUGUGUAGUGUUUCUGUGUCUUAGUUUGUAUGGGAGUGUUAGUGGCAGUUAUGUGAAGUACAACACUGGUGGUAGUAUUGUGGAAGGCAAACUGAAUGUUCAUCUGGUUCCACAUUCCCAUGACGAUGUGGGAUGGUUGAAAACAAUUGAUCAGUACUACGUUGGAUCAAAUAACAGUAUCCAGGGGGCUUGUGUGGAGAAUGUGCUGGACUCAGUUGUUGAAUCGUUGCUACGUGAUCCAAAUAGGAAGUUUGUGUUUGCAGAGAUGGCUUUUUUCACUCGAUGGUGGGUAGAGCAAAGUGUGGAAACACAAGAAACAGUGAGAAAACUUGUAGAUUCUGGACAAUUGGAAUUCAUAAAUGGUGGUUGGUGUAUGCACGAUGAAGCAACAUGCCAUUAUAUAGACAUGAUUGACCAAACAACUCUAGGUCAUCGCUUCAUAAAGGAGCAAUUCAAUUAUAUUCCUCGUGCUGGAUGGCAAAUUGAUCCAUUUGGACAUUCUGCUGUUCAAGCUUACCUACUUGGGGCUGAGCUUGGGUUCGAUUCUGUACAUUUUGCAAGGAUAGAUUAUCAAGACAGAGCAAAACGCAAGAAUGACAAAUCUCUUGAAGUUAUAUGGCGUGGGUCCAAAACUUUUGGUUCAUCAUCUCAGAUUUUCACCAAUGCCUUUCCUGUUCAUUAUAGUCCUCCAUCUGGUUUCCAUUUUGAAGUCAAUGAUGACUAUGAGCCCGUCCAGGAUAAUCCUUUACUAUAUGACUACAACGUUGAAAAGCGAGUUAAUGAUUUUAUUAAUAAUGCCACAUUCCAGGCAAAUGUGACACGGACAAACCAUAUCAUGUGGACAAUGGGUGAUGAUUUUCGGUACCAAUAUGCUGAGUCUUGGUUCAAGCAAAUGGACAAGUUUAUUCACUAUGUUAACAAGGAUGGUCGAGUUAAUGCCUUGUAUUCUACACCAUCUAUCUAUACUAAGGCAAAAAAUGCAGCUAAUGAAUCAUGGCCACUGAAAACCAAUGAUUAUUUCCCAUAUGCAGACAGGGCAAAUGCAUAUUGGACUGGCUUUUUCACUAGUCGCCCAGCCAUGAAGCGAUAUGUCCGAAUUCUGAGUGGAUAUUAUUUGGCAGCACGACAAAUUGAAUAUUUGGCUGGAAAGAGAUCAAAAGGUCCCAACACUGGCAGCUUGGCAGAUGCUUUAGGGAUUGUUCAGCAUCAUGAUGCCGUCUCUGGCACUGCUAAACAACAUACAACCAAUGACUAUGAAAAACGCUUGGCUUUUGGAGCCUCUGAGACAGAAGCUGUAGUUAAUGUUGCCCUAUCUUGCCUUGCUAACAACAAAUCAAGAGAUCAAUGUACGACGCCUGCAUCUAUGUUUACUCAGUGUCAAUUACUCAAUAUCAGUUACUGCCCACCAACAGAAGAAGAUACUCCAGAAGGGAAGAGUUUGGUUGUAGUUGCAUAUAAUCCCCUUGGAUGGAACCGUACAGACAUUAUUAAGAUACCAGUUGACGAUGCCAAUCUUGUUGUCCAAGAUUCUUCUGGCAAUACCAUUGAGGCACAAUAUGUAGCUUUAGAUCACGUUACAGCCAACUUAAGAAUCUUUUAUACAAAGGCCUACUUGGGGCAGUCACCAAAACAAAUGCCUAAAUACUGGCUCCUCUUUCAAGCAUCUGUGCCGCCACUUGGUUGGAACACUUACUUCAUUUCUAAUGCAUCUGGGAAAGGGGAAAUGAGAAAUGGAUUUCUUUCAACGAUGGGCACUCCACAGAAUGAGACCAUUGAAAUUGGACCUGGGAAUCUAAAGAUGUCCUUUUCUUCGACUUCUGGUCAACUCAAACGUAUUUACAAUACUAAAACAGGGGUCGAUGUACCAGCACAACAGAGUUACCUCUGGUAUGCUUCAAGCCCAGGUUAUGUCGAUCCCCAGGCUUCUGGUGCAUAUAUUUUCCGGCCUAGUGGCCCUCCCAAUAUUGUUGCAAGAUCAGUGCCCUUGAAGGUCAUUCGUGGACCAUUGGUUGAUGAGGUUCAUCAACAGUUUAAUUCAUGGAUAUACCAGGUCACCAAACUUUACAGAGACAAGGAGCAUGCAGAAGUUGAAUUCACUAUUGGUCCAAUUCCUGUGGAUGAUAGUGUUGGUAAAGAGGUCAUCAUGCGAAUGACAACAAAUAUGGUCACUAACAAGGUGUUUUAUACUGAUUCUAAUGGAAGAGAUUUUCUAGAACGGAUUCGUGAUUAUAGAGCAGAUUGGCCACUUUCAGUUAAUCAACCUGUAGCAGGAAACUACUAUCCACUUAAUCUUGGAAUUUAUACAAGGGAUAAUAAAUCUGAAUUAUCAGUCUUGGUUGACCGUGCAACUGGUGGAGCCAGCAUUAAAGAUGGAGAAUUAGAGAUAAUGCUCCAUAGGCGUACAAUCUAUGAUGACUCUAGAGGAGUGGGUGAAGCACUGGAUGAAAGUGUGUGCGUUGAUGAAUCAUGUGAAGGAUUAACGGUUCGCGGAAAUUAUUAUGUAAGCAUUAACCAGGUAGGGGCUGGAGCACGCUGGCGCCGAACAACUGGCCAAGAAGUGUACUCGCCUCUUCUUUUAGCUUUCACUCAUGAGAAGUUGGAGGACUGGAAAGCAUCUCAUUUGACAAAAGCAACGGCCAUUGAUCCAAACUACAGCUUGCCUCUCAAUGUUGCUUUGAUUACUCUUCAGGAGUUGGAUGAUGGAAGUGUGCUCCUCCGUUUGGCUCAUUUAUACGAGGUGGGUGAAGAUGCUGAAUAUUCAACACUAGCCAAUGUUGAACUGAAGAAGAUUUUUGCUGGGAAAACGAUAAAGGAGGUGAAGGAAAUGAGCUUAUCAACAAACCAAGAGAAGUCAGAAAUGAAGAGGAUGACAUGGAGAGUUGAAGGGGACAGCAGAACGGAACCUAACCCAAUUAGAGGCGGUCCAAUCAACAAUUCAACUCUUGUUGUUGAGCUUGGUCCUAUGGAGAUUCGUACUUUUUUGUUGAAAUUUUAGCAGAUCUAUCAUCGUUGUAUAAUUUGAACAGGACACAGGAAAUAAUAUUUUUAUGCUGUGUUGUAUGCCUGUAUCAACAAGACAACA